AUGUAAACCAUCGUGACGUGUACAAAUCGAUAUUUAUCACAAGUUUUUAACCUACAAUCCACGUUAAUCCAUGCAUGCAAAAGUGUUUCAGAAUAAUAUUGCCAGAAUGUUCAAGCGGUACCGAGAAUAUCGAGAGAAGCAACUACGUAGUAGAAGUUCAAUGGGGGUUUCAUCGGCGCCAAAGCUCUCAGGGAUGCAAAUGCAAGUGCUCAGUUUAUACAGAGCAUUUCUCCGAGCAGCUCGUUCCAAAUCCGCCGAAGAUCGAAAAGGGAUUGAAUCGGUUGUCUCCGCCGAGUUCCGCCGAAACGCCAAGCUAAUCGAUCACAAGAAUUUCAUCUACAUUGAGUACCUUCUUCGUCGAGGUGACAAACAAUUGGAUCAACUAAGAAGCCCUGCAACUGUUGGAUUGUCAUCGCUCACUCUCAAUUCGUCUCCAACGCAAGAUUCUGAGCCUUGAAACUUGACGAUCAAUUUUGCAGAACGGUCGGUAGUAGAAUCCAUAUUUCAAGGUUAGGUAUGAAUUUAGUGUUAGAAAAUUAGUAUAUUA